AUGUGGUGUCGGCCCUGCAACAAGUGGAUUUCGAGUGGUCGACAGCCGCUACGAUCAGCGGCAUCCAACGUUCAACCAUGGAAGGGGGAAGGACCCCCCCAAACGGCGUGGAUUGGGACGACGACUCCCAUUUUUACGUGGACCCAGACGGUCGAAUCUGGAUCCCAGACGGUGCCGUCGACCCUACAGCAGUGGAUUUGUGUGAUCGCUCACCAAGGAGCCAGCGGUCACCGUCACAUCUCAGCGACGACCAAGUCGGUGUCCGACAAGUUUGUGUGGAAGACGCUUUCCACGGACGUCGAAGCGUUCGUGCGUGCCUGUUUGCACUGCCUGUGCAUUGACGGAGAAACGGUUCCCCGUCCAUUGGGUUCGGCGCUUGACGCAGAGAAGCCGAACGAGCUCAUCCAUUUCGACUGGUUGCCGAUGCCUAUGGCCAAGUCUGGUCAAAAAUAUGUGCUUGUCGUGAAGGACGACAUGAGUGGCUUUGUGCAGCUGUUCGCGGCAGAGUCCGCUGACGCCGCCGCGACCGCUCAGUGCCUGAUGACGUGGUUUACCACGUUCGGCUGCGUUGACACAUGGGUGUCAGAUGGCGGUUCUCACUUCAAGAACGAAGUGAUCGAGAAGGUGCGGAAGUUGGUGGGUACCCACCAUCAUAUCACGACAGCCUACAGUCCUUGGGCGAACGGGACUGUAGAAGUAGUCAACCGACUAGUGCUGCGCGCCGUGAAGGCGCUGCUCAGCAAAAUGAAGCUGAACGCGGACGAAUGGCCGCAUGUGUUGCCCCUCGUUCAAGGCGCCCUCAACCAUCAGCCGGCAGACCGGCUGGGAGGAAUUGCGCCUGUGACAGCGUUUACCGGCCUGUCAGCUAAGACCCCGCUGACAGGAUUUGUCCGCCCGACGUUCAAGGAAACUCAGCAGCUGGUGCCACCGUACGAAGGCACGGUCCAUCAUGCAUGCCGAUUGAAGAUGUACCACGAAGGUGGUAGAGAGGUGACUGAAGACCUCGAGGCGCAGAUCGCGUUUGGCGAUGGCGGAUUUCAUGUGGAGCGCCUGGACGAAGCGCGCUGCGUGGAUGGCCAACACCAAGUUUUGGUGAAGUGGCUUGGAUUGGACGAUGAAGAAUCGUCCUGGGAACCUGCGGCGAAUUUGCUGGACGACAUUCCAGUCGUAUUUCGCAAGUGGGCGGUGACCAACAAGGAAGACCCUGCCCCGGCAGACCGGCUGGGAGGAAUUGCGCCUGUGACAGCGUUUACCGGCCUGUCAGCUAAGACCCCGCUGACAGGAUUUGUCCGCCCGACUAAGCGCGCGGACGCCGCGACCGAAAAUCUCAAGUCAAGUUUGCGGGUUUUUUCAGUCAGCGAUUUUGUGCUCGUCGGAUCGGUCGUCAACCGUCCGACAAAAUUGGCCCUGCAUUGGCGCGGACCCUGCCAAGUGACCAGAGUUAUCACAGACCAUGUGAUGGAGACUCAGCAGUUGGUGCCACCGUACGAAGUCACGGUCCAUCAUGCAUGCCGAUUGAAGAUGUACCACGAAGGUGGUAGAGAGGUGACCGAAGACUUCGAGGCGCAGAUCGCGUUUGGGGAUGGCGGAUUUCACGUGGAGCGCCUGGACAAAGCGCGAUCCGUGAAUGGCCAACACCAAGUUUUGGUGAAGUGGCUUGGAUUGGACGAUGAAGAAUCGUCCUGGGAACCUGCGGCGAAUUUGCUGGACGACAUUCCAGUCGUAUUUCGCAAGUGGGCGGUGACCAACAAGGAAGACCCUGCCGUGGCCGCCCUCAUCAUGGUACUGGACUUUCCGUAG